AUGUCCAGUGCCAUCUAUAUUCUGGACAGAGACCUCAAUCUAAUCAUCCAGCGACAUUACCGCCAGGACCUCGACGUCUCCUACAUCCUCGAGUCAUUCAGAGCCGUGUACAACAGAUCGCACCCGAUUGACCUCCCCAUCAUAGAAAGCAAUGGCAUCACGUACCUCUACUUGAAGAAGAAAGAGGUCAUCUUCAUGUCCCCCGUCUUGGGGGACAUCGACGUCAUGUCGCAUAUGGCCUUUUUAGAGAAGUUUAGCCAGUUGCUCCAGAAAUACUUCAGGCACUACAACUUAGUGGACCAGGACACCACUGAAAUCAAGGCUGACCUCAUCAGGGACAACUUCGUCCUUAUCUACGAACUCUUCGACGAAUGUUUGGAUUUCGGCAUCCCGCAGCUCACCGAAUUUAGCAUCUUGAAAGACUACAUCAAGCUGAUGAUCAAACCUGAAGACUACCACGACGGAUCCCACUUCAACGAGCAGAUAGACGAAGUCGAGAAGACAGUCGAAACCGAAAUCAACUCCUCCAUCUCAAGAACAGCAAUGACGAAAAUCUCUUGGAGACCAAAGGGGAUCUUUUACAACAAAAACGAGUUUUUCGUCAACUUCAACGAGUACCUCAAGUUCAAGUACAACCAUAAGGUGCAUAAAGUCAUCCUCAACCAAAUAUCCGGCGAAAUCAAAUGUAAGAGUUAUCUUUCAGGUAUGCCGUAUCUGAAAAUGGGGCUCAAUGAAACUUUGAACAGACAAAAGACAAUAUUCAACAACAUCCAGUACCAUCAAUGUGUCGAUCUUAACCUCUUGAACGAUAACACCGUCGAGUUUAUACCGCCAGAUGGUGAAUUCUCGCUACUCACAUACCAGAUUCUGGAUACGCAAGUCUUACAGCCCCUUAUCUUGGUCAAGCCACAGUAUAGAAUCUUUAAAAAAAAGGACCAAUAUAAGCUGAGAAUCAAAGUGGAUAUCGUCACAACAUUCAAGCGGAAGUUCAACAUGGUGGACUUGAAGAUGCGUAUACCGCUGGUCGUUAAACAUCCCAUUCUAUACACCGACUUCAAUAAGUCGAUGAAGUUUAAGACAAAGCUUGGGGAAGUCGUGCACAGUCUCGACGAUGAGACGAUCAUCUGGAAAAUAGAAAAAGUCCAAGGAUCAAUGAGAGGUGAAAUGUUGGCCGAAUUCGAUCUCAUCACAGAAAAAGAUUUAUGGGAAUCCCAUCUGGAAAAUCAAGAAAGAGUCAGGCAGGAGCAUAACGACUUGUACUACUUCGAGCUUGGAACAGAAUUUACUAAGCUGGGCCAUAACAAGCCCACCAGCCGCAAAAUCGAACACUCACAGCAGCACUAUCGUCAUCCUGGUGAUGGUGGUGGAAGUACUGACGCUGAUAUCAAUGACGAUAAUUCCGAAAAUGACGACGGAUACAAGUUGGGGGGAAAACCUACACAGACCAAAGCUGGGAUAGAACGGAACAAAAAACGUAGAAACAAAGCAGGAGUUAUGGACAACGACGUUGAAAGAGUAGUUACUGUCGAGUUCCAGCUUCAAAAUAUGUUGUACAGCGGACUCAAAGUUGACUUCCUAUCGAUAAAGGAAGACCAAUUGAAACUACAGACCUUCCCGUGGAUCAUGUACUGUGUGUUCUGCUGCGGAGACGACUACUCCUUCAUACUCAGUGACGAACAGUUUCGCAAUGAGAUCGACGAAGAAGAUGAAAAAAUCAUGAUCGAAAGAGGACGAUGGUUAGGAGGAGAUUCGAACACAGUUCCACAAUCGGAACCAGAACCAGCAGAGGACGAAUCCUCGAAACUUACUGAAGAUUUUUCCACAGCCCUGGAUCAUGUUGGAGAAAUAAGUGUCCCUGAUGGAGCCAACCUCGACUUCGAAGAGUACGUUGUGGAGGAUGAAGACGAAGUACAACCAACUGUAUAG